AUACAACAUACGAGAUGAGCCCUUUUGUUUGUUUUUAGAGUACACUACGGAGUUCGGAAAAGGACAUUCUCUAUUUUACAUUAUCUGGGUAUUCUGCAAUUGCUGAUCUUAAUUUUUCUCCAGAUGAAGACACCCAGUAUGCGUAGAGCGUCUGGUCGCUUCAUACCGCUCCGCGCUCUUCGAGCAUCUUAUUUUCCCCUGCCCUGUCUCGGUCUUCCUACGCUUUCCAGUUCUCUUAUAUAUAAGUUGAUUUCUCCAAGUUGCGCCAUCUCUCUUAGAGGGUUUGGUGUUCCCAUUCCUUGCGCCAUCUCUCUUAGAGGAUUUGGUUUUCUCUUCCUUGUGACAUCUCUCUUAGAGGGUUUGGUUUUGAUUGUUGCCAGCUCUUGUAGAGGGUCUGGUUUUCUCUUCCUUGUGCCAUCUCUUUUAUAUAUAUUGGUUUCUCCAAGUUGCAUCAUCUCUUUUAUAUAUACUAUUUUCUCCAAGUUGCAUCAUCUCUUUUAUAUAUAUUAUUCUCUCCAAGCUGCGUCGUCUCUUUAUAUAUACUAUUUUCUCCAAGAUGCACCAUCUCUCUUAUAUAUAUAUUAGUUUCUCAAAAUUACGCCAGCCCUCAAAGAGGCCUCCUAUGGGUCCGCAUUUUUCGAGUGACUUGUUUUUCCUUUUUUAAUACCCAUGUCAGCUCUUUAAGAGUGUCUGGUUUUCUUGUCAGCCUUUUUUUAUAUGUCGGCUCCUUUAUGUCUGUUUUAAAUUUCUGUUACUAUCUAGAACCUUAUUCUCGC